AUGAUUCAACUUGAGGAACGAGAUAUACCAGUUAUUCCAGGAGAUCGACUCGAUGAUGAAGAUGCUCAGGAGCUACGUCUUAUGGUGGCGGAGCUCUUGGGCAGAAGGAGCACAUCAUUUCCAGGAUCUCAACCCGUGUCAUUUGAAAGAAGGCAUCUAGAAGAAACCCUAAUGCACAGGGACUACUUUGUGUGUGAAAAAUCAGAUGGAUUGAGGUGCCUUUUGUUCAUAGUUAAUGACCCAGAAAAGGGGGAGGGUGUAUUCUUAAUUACUCGUUCAAACGAUUAUUACUACAUUCCCAAUAUUCAUUUCCCACUUUCCGUCAAAGAAACUCCAGACAACAUAACUUAUCACCAUGGUACACUUUUAGAUGGUGAGUUGGUUUUGGAAAAUAGAAACGUCAGUGAACCUGUUCUUCGGUACUGUAUUUUCGAUGCAUUGGCAAUUAAUGGAAAAUGUAUAAUCGACCGUCAAUUGCCAAAACGAUUGGGAUAUAUAACAGAAAAUGUCAUGAAACCGUUUGACCAAUUCAAAAAAAAUCAUCCUGAAAUCAUCAACUCGCCUGAAUUCCCGUUUAAGGUGGGGUUCAAAACCAUGUUGACAUCUUACCAUGCCGAUGAUGUCUUGAGUAAAAUGGAUCAAUUAUUCCAUUCCUCAGAUGGGUUGAUUUACACCUGUGCCGAAACGCCAUACGUGUUUGGAACUGAUCUGACGUUGCUAAAAUGGAAACCAGCAGAAGAAAACACCGUUGAUUUCCAGCUUGAAUUUGUAUUUAAUCAGUUUCAAGAUCCUGAUAUGGAUGAAAGAGAUCCAUCUUCGACCUACACCGACUAUGAUUCGAAACCUGAGUUGAUAAAAUUACGAGUGUGGCAAGGAUCAAAUGUCCAUACGGAUUUUACUCAGUUGGACUUAUCUGAUGAUGAUUGGGAACGUUUAAAGGCGUUGGGGGAGCCUCUACAAGGACGUAUCGCCGAGUGUCGUCAAUCCUUAGCAAAGAAAGGUUAUUGGGAAAUGCUACGUUUCAGAAACGAUAAAAGUACAGGUAACCAUAUUAGCGUGGUUGAGAAAAUCUUGCUAAGUAUUAAGGACGGAGUCAGAGAAAAGGAGGUUGUUGACAGUUGUAAGAAGAUUGCACUGGCGUGGAAACAACGAGAGCAAGAGCGUAAACGCAGGCAUUCAAAUGGUGGACCAGCAUCUUCACAUCACCACACUCAACAUCACCACACGUCACACGAACAACCUCCUACAAAAAGAGCUAGGCUAGAUUCUAUAGAAACGGAACGACAACCACUACAGCUCCAAAACCAACUAGAUGAUAUCCCAACCUACGAAGACAGUGAUGAGGAGUAA